AACCCAGCACUAAUCCACUGCACUGGGUAAUCCACACUCAGCAUCAGACACUCCGCUUCACUAUCCAUCUUCACCCUCACAACUAUCGAACGAUACCUGCUAUACAACAUCCGAAUACACGAGGCAUCACAAUAGCUGUUGCUAGUUUCCUGUUUCCGAAAUCUCCUAGAUUAAACCCGCCCUUGCUUCGCCGUGCGGCCCCGCGUCAUGGGGUUGGCUUACAAUACCUACCUCAGCAGCAGCAAGAUCUACGGCUGUAAGACAUGUAAAGCGCAUCUUGCUAAUCAUGAGGAUAUCAUCAGUCGAAACUUCCGCGGACAGCACGGGAAAGCCUAUCUCUUCCACAGCGUCGUCAAUAUCGAGACGGGCCCUCCAAACGAACGUAAUAUGACAACUGGCCGACACGUUGUCCGCGAUAUCACAUGCCGCCAGUGUAAAGAAACUGUUGGGUGGAAAUACGACAAGGCAUAUGAAUCAUCAGAAAAGUACAAGGAGGGCAAAUUCAUCCUUGAAGCAGAGUUGCUUUGCACGGUUACCUGAUGAGGAAGGGCGACGAUGGCACUGUUGGAGGCUACUCUCUGGAACUUGGCGUUUUUGGAUAUGUGUAAGGGCGUUGGAUUAAUUCGGUAUGCUGUGGCAUUGGUGUUAACUUCGUGAUUGAACAAGGCACGCAUUUUCUGUUGUCUUUUAAACGUUUCAAUAUAACAAAGCUUCUAAAC